UCUCCAGUUGCCCCCUGGUCUCAGUUUCUUUACGUGUAAUAGCGAAGGGGGUUAUAAAUGACCUCCAAGGCCUUUCCAGUUCUGACUUCAGGGAAUGCACUUCCGGUAGCAGGAGGAAGGACGGAAAGGAAGAGGAAAGGGCGGUACGGAGGAGGUGCUGCGCGUCGCCGAGGUGGCACCGGUGACUCCGCCCCGGCGCUCUCCCAGGGCCCCUACCUUUCCGCUAAACCCGGCGGAAACGAGCUGCGGCUCCGGGCGGGCGGCGGAGCCCCGAGAGGUGGGCGGGAGCGCCGCAGGCUGGUACCAGACCGCGCCCCGUCCCGCCCCAGCGCCGCGGAUCUGCGGGCGGGCGGUUACAGUGACCCAGCCCCACGGCCCUUAGUCCCCGCGCGCCACGCCCCCUGCCCGCCCGCCUGUCCGGAGGCACGCCCCCUCCCGCCUCUCCAGGUCGACCCCCCUCGGGGGCCCAGGCGGGGCCCAAAUCUCUGCCGGCAUCGUCGCCAUCGUCUGUGCUGCGUCCCUAGCUCUGAGAAGGACAGGCCUCGCACCAGGACCCCCAUCGACUUCUGAGGUGCCAGGAUGGUGGGGGAACUCCGCUACAGGGAAUUCAGAGUGCCCCUGGGGCCUGGCUUGCAUGCCUACCCAGAUGAGCUCAUUCGCCAGCGGGUGGGCCAGGAUGGGCGUCCUGAGUACCAGAUUCGCUGGCUCAUCCUCAGGCGUGGGGAUGAUGGAGAAGGGGGCUCUAGCCAAGUGGACUGCAAGGCUGAGCACAUCCUGUUGUGGAUGUCCAACGAUGAGAUCUAUGCCAAUUGCCACAAGAUGCUGGGCGAGGAUGGCCAGGUCAUCGGGCCCUCCCAGGAGAUUGCAGGGGAGGCUGGGGCCCUAGACAAAUCUGUGCUGGGGGAGAUGGAAACUGACGUGAAGUCUCUGAUCCAGAGGGCCCUUCGGCAGCUGGAGGAGUGUGUGGGCACCAUCCCUCCUGCUCCUCUGCUUCACACUGUCCAUGUACUCAGCGCCUAUGCCAGCAUCGAGCCCCUCACUGGGGUGUUCAAAGACCCAAGGGUCCUGGACUUGCUCAUGCACAUGUUAAGUAGUCCUGAUUAUCAGAUUCGCUGGAGUGCAGGCCGGAUGAUACAAGCCCUGGCCUCCCAUGAUGCCGGGACCCGGACCCAGAUCCUUCUGUCACUGAGUCAGCAAGAGGCCAUUGAGAAACACCUGGAUUUUGACAGUCGCUGUGCUCUGCUGGCUCUGUUUGCACAAGCCACACUCUCUGAACACCCCAUGUCUUUUGAGGGCAUUCAGCUGCCACAGGUUCCAGGAAGGCUGCUCUUCUCUCUGGUGAAGCACUAUUUGCAUGUUACCUCCCUCCUGGAUCAGCUGAAUGACAGUGCUGCAGAAGCAGGAGCCCAGAACAACUCUGCUCCUGAGGAACUGAGUGGGGAGAGGGGUCGGCUGGAGCUGGAGUUCAGCAUGGCCAUGGGCACCCUGAUCUCAGAGCUGGUGCAGGCCAUGCGCUGGGACUGGGCCUCAAGCAGACUGGGGCCCUUGGCACGCUCCUCCUGUUCCAUCUUCCAGCCUCAGCUGGCAGAUGUGGGCCCAAAGCUGCUACCCGCCCAUGCCCAGCCCUCCCUUAGGAGGUCAAGGCGGUUCCGCCCUCGCUCCGAAUUUGCAAGUGGCAAUACCUAUGCCUUGUAUGUGCGGGAUACGCUGCAGCCUGGGAUGCGAGUGCGGAUGCUGGAUGAUUACGAGGAGAUCAGUGCCAGGGAUGAGGGCGAGUUCCGGCAGAGUAACAAUGGAGUGCCCCCUGUGCAGGUGUUAUGGGAGUCGACAGGCCGCACCUACUGGGUGCACUGGCACAUGCUGGAGAUUCUGGGCUUUGAGGAAGACAUUGAAGACAUGGUCGAGGCUGAUGAGUACCAGGGGGCAGUGGCCCAUGGAGCCCUGGGUGUAGCCCUGCCCUCUUGGCGGUGGAAGCCCAUGACAGAACUCUAUGCUAUGCCCUACGUGCCGCCUGAAGAUGAAGACACAGAGGAGAGUGAACACCUGACCCAGGCUGAGUGGUGGGAGCUCCUCUUCUUCAUCAAGAAGCUGGAUGGACCUGACCACCAGGAGGUUCUCCAGAUCCUCCAGGAGAACCUGGAUGGAGAGAUUCUGGAUGAUGAGAUCCUGGCUGAGCUGGCCGUGCCCAUGGAGUUGGCCCAGGACCUACUACUGGCUCUGCCACAGCGACUUGAUGACAGUGCUCUCAGGGACCUGCUCAACUGCCGUGUCUACAGGAAAUAUGGGCCUGAGGCCCUGGCAGGACAGCCGGCUUACCCAUUCCUACUGGAAGCCCAGGCCCAGCCUCAGGAAUCAGCAGAUGCAGCCAGAGUGGAAGCAAAAGAACACCUGUCUCAGUUCCCUGACACUCCCCUGCGGUGUCUGGUGGAGGGUUAUGGUCCAGCUGGGAAAAUCUUCCUGGAUUUGGAGCAGGCCCUCAGCUCAGAGGGGACCCAGGAGAGUGAGGCCAAGCCCUUACUGCUGCAGCUACGGCAGCAGCCCCAGCUCUUCCUGGCACUGAUGCGGAGCCUCAACACUCCGGCAGCCAACAGGGCCCUGCACCUGGCUGUUCUGAGAAUCCUGAUGUGGCUCGUAGGCUUCCCCGAGGCUCUGCUGCUCCCCUGGCACGAGGCCAUGGACGCCUGCAUGGCCUGCCUGCGGUCACCAGACACAGACCGGGAGGUGCUCCAGGAACUGAUCUUCUUCCUGCACCGCCUGGCCUCCGUGAGUAGAGACUAUGCCGUGGUGCUGAAUCAGCUGGGGGCCCGCGAUGCCAUCUCCAAGGCCCUGGAAAAGCACCUGGGAAAGCUGGAGCUGGCUCAGGAGCUGCGGGACAUGGUGUUCAAAUGUGAGAAGCAUGCCCACCUCUACCGGAAACUCACCACCAACAUCCUGGGAGGCUGCAUCCAGAUGGUGCUGGGCCAGAUUGAAGACCACAGGCGAACCCACCAGCCCAUCAACAUCCCUUUCUUUGACGUGUUCCUCAGACACCUCUGCCAGGGCUCCAGUGUGGAAGUGAAGGAGGACAAGUGCUGGGAGAAGGUGGAGGUAUCCUCUAACCCGCAGCGGGCCAGCAAGCUGACCGACCGCAACCCCAAGACCUACUGGGAGUCCAACGGCAGCACCGGCUCCCACUACAUCACCUUGCACAUGCACCAGGGCGUCCUCAUCAGGCAGCUAACUCUGCUGGUGGCUGGUGAAGACUCGAGCUACAUGCCGGCCAGGGUUGUGGUGUUUGGAGGCGACAGCACCAGCUCUCUUAACACAGAACUCAACUCGGUGAAUGUGAUGCCCUCCGCCAGCCGGGUGGUCCUCCUGGAGAACCUGAACCGCUUCUGGCCCAUCAUCCAGAUCCGCAUAAAGCGCUGCCAGCAGGGUGGCAUCGAUACACGCAUCCGGGGGUUAGAGGUCCUGGGCCCUAAGCCCACAUUCUGGCCAGUGUUCCGGGAGCAGCUGUGUCGUCACACUCGUCUCUUCUACAUGAUUCGGGCACAGGCCUGGAGCCAGGACAUAGCAGAGGACCGCAGGAGCCUCCUGCACCUGAGUUCUAGACUCAAUGGGGCUCUUCGCCAGGAGCAGAAUUUUGCUGAUUGCUUCCUUCCUGACAAUGAAGCCGCCCAGGCACUGGGCAAGACCUGCUGGGAGGCCCUGGUCAGCCCCCUGGUGCAGAACAUCACCUCCCCUGAUGAGGAUGGCAUCAGCCCCCUGGGCUGGCUGCUGGACCAGUACCUGGAGUGCUGGGAGGCUGCCCACAACCCGCAGAGCCGUGCGGCAGCUUUCUCCUCGCGUGUGCGCCGCCUCACCCACCUGCUGGUGCACGUUGAGCCCUGCGAGGCCCCCCCUCCUGUGGUGGCCACUCCUCGGCCAAAGGGCAGAAACAGAAGCCAUGACUGGGGCUCCCUGGCUACCCGGGGGCUUCCCAGCAGCAUCAUGAGAAACCUGACCCGCUGCUGGCGGGCCGUGGUGGAGGAGCAGGUGAGCAGUUUUCUGACCUCACACUGGUGGGAUGAUGAUUUUGUGCCACGCUACUGUGAACACUUUAGUAAUCUGCAGAAGUCGAGCUCUGAGCUGUUCGGGCCGCGGGCGGCCUUCUUGCUGGCGCUGCAGGAUGGCUGUGCUGGUGCCUUGCUGAGGCUCCCUUUCUCCAAAGCUGCCCACGUGAGCGAGCAGUUUGCCCGGCACAUUGACCAGCGGAUCCAGGGCAGCCGGAUUGGGGGGGCCCGGGGAAUGGAGAUGUUGGCACAGCUGCAGCGAUGCCUGGAAACUGUCCUCGUUUUCUCUGGCCUGGAGAUAGCCACCACCUUUGAACAUUACUACCAGCACUACCUGGCGGACCGUCUCCUGAAUUUGGGCUCCGGCUGGCUGGAGGGGGCCGUGCUGGAGCAGAUUGGCCUCUGCUUCCCCAACCGCCUCCCCCAGCAGAUGUUGCGGAGCCUGAACACUUCUGAGGAGCUGCAGCGCCAGUUCCAUGUCUAUCAGCUCCAGCGACUCGAUCAGGAACUCCUAAAGCUAGAGGACACAGAGAAGAAAAUCCAGGUGGGCUGUGCAGCCAGUGGCGAGGAGCAUGACCCAGAGAAUGAAGGGGAAGCUGAGGAUGGGGGGGCAGCAGCGCCAGCAGCCGCGGAGGAGGAGGUGGGGGAGGAGGAGAACGAGGACCUCUACUACGAAGGGGCCAUGCCAGACGUGUCUGUACUGGUCCUGUCGCCGCACUGCUGGCCCACUGCCUCCAUCUGCCGUACCCUGAACCCCAGAACCUGCCUGCCCUCCUACCUCAGGGGCACUUUGAACCGAUACUCCAACUUCUACAACAAGAGUCAGAGCUACCCUGUCGUGGAGCAGGGCCCGCAUCGGCGGCUGCAGUGGACGUGGCUGGGCCGGGCUGAGCUGCAGUUCGGGGACCAGACCCUGCACGUGUCCACCGUGCAGAUGUGGCUGCUGCUUUAUCUCAACGACCUGAAGAUGGUCUCUGUGGAGAGUCUGCAGGCCCUCUCAGGGCUCUCUCCAGACAUGCUGAAUCAGGCGAUCGGGCCUCUCACCUCAUCAAGAGGCCCCCUGGACCUUCACGAGCCAAAGGAUGUCCCAGGAGGGGUGCUCAAGAUUCGAGACAGCAGCGAGGAGCUCAGGCCAAGGAGGGGCAAUGUGUGGCUCAUUCCACCUCAGACAUACCUGAAAGCUGAGGAUGAAGAGGGCCGCAACUUGGAGAAGAGACGAAACCUUCUGAACUGCCUCAUCGUCCGAAUCCUCAAAGCCCACGGGGAUGAGGGGCUGCACAUUGACCAGCUUGUUUGUCUGGUGCUGGAGGCAUGGCAGAAGGGCCCGUGUCCUCCCCGAGAUUUGGUCAGCAGCCUGGGUUGGGGUUCUGCCUGCAACAGUACCGAUGUCCUCUCCUGCGUCCUGCACCUCCUGGGCAAGGGCACAGUGAGACGCCAUGAUGACCGGCCCCAGAUGCUGUCCUACGCAGUCCCCGUGACUGUGAUGGAGCCCCACACCGAGUCACUGAAUCCAGGCUCCUUGGGCCCAAACCCUCCCCUCACCUUCCACACCCUGCAGAUUCGCUCUCGGGGUGUGCCCUAUGCAUCGUGCACCAGCACCCAGAGCUUCUCUACCUUCCGGUAGCCCUGGAGAUGAGGCCAGGGCUAGGUAGGGCUGGGGCUUUCCACAGAAAUAAAAUGCAGGCGUUUGAUUAUG